AUGGCGGUUGACACCAGCUACUUGACCACCCAGGUCAACAAUAUUGUUGCUCAGCUGCACGGAAUUUAUGAUGACAUUGGUGUCCCUAACCAUGAGCGCGACUCGAGAGAGGCAGAGCUCUUCAGCGCUUUGUCGGAAACGCUGAAUAAUCAUCUCAAGCUUGUGGAUAACGAGAAGAAAGAUAUGGAGGGUGAGGCGCAGCGUCUCAUCACGGCGAUCCAACAUAUGGAAAAGUCUCUGGUGGACGAAAAGGCAAAUGGACAGUACCAGCUUGAUCACAAUGCUCUGCGCGUCAGCUAUCCCCUGAAUCGCUGUCUCAGCUUCCUCCGAGAGGAGCACGGCGCGUUAAGCAAAUUACACAAGGAGCGCUUUGAGCAAGUCAGGAAACUUGUUGAGGCCCUUGAAUCGUAUUCGUCGCAUCUCGAACCAACUUUUGUCGCCAUUGAACUGCCGCCAACCGCGCCGGGAUCAACCAUCUCCCCCAGCUUUGACCUCUCGCCAUCCUACGUUACUGCGCUCGACAGCGAAUUCACCCGCGUUUAUGAAGAGUACCACCGACGCCUCGAAUUUGUGCAAACCACCUGCGAGGAGAUUAUCAAGCUGUGGGCCGAGCUCGGAACGCCCCAAGUCCAGACCGAUUCCAACAUCGUCAAAUUCUACCGCGAAUCGCCGGAGCAGUUGGGUCUCCACGAAUCAGAUCUAGCCAGCUUGAGGGCGAAGCGUGAAAAGCUACUGGAGGAGAAGAGGGGCCGUGAGCGCAAGUUGAAGGAUCUUAAGAAUGCCGUCGAGGCGCUGUGGGAACGCUUUGGAGUCGAAGAUUGCGACAGAAAGGCGUUCCUGGCCGCGAAUCGUGGCUGUGGACUUCGGACGAUCAAUGAGUUUGAGGAGGAAUUGGAGCGCCUGAAUGAGCUGAAGAGACAGAAUCUGCACCUGUUUGUGGAGGAUGCCCGAUGCCGGCUUCAGGAACUCUGGGAUGGCCUUUAUUUCUCCGAAGAAGAGAUGCUCGAUUUCACGCCUGCUUUCUCGGAUGUAUGCAGCGACGCCUUGCUGGAGGCACACGAAGCGGAGAUUGCGCGACUCGAGGCCUUGAAGGAACAGCGCGCAUCGACGUUGCAGCUCAUCGAGAAGCAUAAGAGCCUUCUAGCAGAACGCGAAGCUCUGGCGGCCUCGAGUCAAGACGCGUCCCGUCUCAUGGCCCGUGGUGCCAAAGGAGAGAGACGCGACCCUGGAAAGCUGCUAAGAGAAGAGAAGAUGAGAAAGAGGAUCUCUAAGGAGUUGCCCAAGGUGGAGAGUGAUUUGCGCAAGGAGUUGGAGCGGUGGGAGGAUGAGUAUGGCCGGCCAUUCCUCGUCCAUGGAGAACGGUAUCUCGACGAGCUUACCCCCGUUGUUGCAAAGCCUCCUCCACGCUCGAAGACUCCGGGGCCCACUCCUACGGCCAAGCGUCCGGCACAAGCGCAACCACCUCGCCCUGCUAGUGUCAUGAGUUCUCGUCCUGGCAGUGUCAUGCGAGGGCCGCCUCCGCCUCGCUCGGCCUCGAAAACGCCCACAGCGCAUCCGACCACCAAAUACAACACCAUCGGGGCUGCUACUCGGGCCGGGGCUAAAUCACCCUCGAAGAUCCCAGCUCGCGUGCCUCUGAGCAAUAUGCCACACGGAAGCAACUCCCCGCGCCGGGGCGCUCCAGGUAGCUAUUCGUCCAGCACGGUCAACGGUAAGAUGCCGGCGCCUCGUGCACCACCGCCGAGGAUGCGAGCCCUGACCGGUGGGGAGUCGAGGGAGGAUCGCGCAGCCUACCUGUUUGAGCCACCCCGAUCUGCCAGCGCCUUGUCCAAUUCAUUCGUUCGACCCGUCAGCCCCGAGGACGUGUAUGAUGAUCGUAACCAGCGUUCGUUUGUUAGCUCUUCCGCGUUCUCUCAGCGAUCAACCGGAUUCUCUCAAUCAUCAGUGUCUUCGGCGUCUUCGCUAUCCUUGAACUCCUCGAUGCAAGGAUAUCCGAAGCCAAACCCAUAUUUGCAGCGCAUGCCCCCUCCACCAGCGCCGAGACAAGUGUCAAACUCCUCCACGGUCCACACCGCAGUUUCCGGGUCCGAAAACUGGGAGACUUUUGAUGACGGAUCGGAGUCCGAAGUGGACGCCAGCGACGUUUAUUACGCCAAGCUUCGUGCUGCUCACGGGAAACGAGUGGCUCCCCCUGAGGAAAGCCAGAUCCGCUCCCUUGCAGGCAAAAAGGCCAAAGGCAUCCGGAGCGUAAGUCCGGACGAACCAGACGCCCAUCCGAUGGGGCACAUGGUUCGCGCCGACGGCAGUGGCGUUGAUUGGGACGACGAACUGGAGCCAUAUUGA